GGACCAGAGUCCAGCCCUGCCCCAGACACAGAUGGGACCAUGAACUCCAGCCACAGCUUCAGCCAGACCCCCUCAUCCUCCCUCUAUGGCACAGGAAGCAGCUGGGGCCAGCCAGGGAGGUUUCCCCGGGCUCCCAGCGUCCACGGUGGCGCAGGGGGGGUCUGCAUCUCGCUUUCCUUCUCCUCGCCCAGAUGUCCACCCCCUGGGGGGUCUUGGGGGUCUGGAAGAGGCAGCUCCCUCCUAGGUGGAAAUGGGAAGGCGAUGAUGCAGAACCUCAAUGACCGCCUGGCCUCCUACCUGGACAAGGUGCGCGCCCUGGAGGAGGCCAACGUGAAACUCGAAAGUUGCAUCCUGAAGUGGCAUCAGCAGAGAGAUCCGGGCAGUGAGCAAGAUUACUCCCAAUAUGAGGAAAAGGUCAGCUGCCUGCAGGAGCAGAUAGUAGAUGGCAAGAUGACCAACGCUCAGAUAACCCUUCUCAUUGACAAUGCCAGGAUAGCAGUGGAUGACUUCAGCCUUAAGUAUGAAAAUGAACACUCUGUCAAGAAAAACUUGGAAAUUGAAGUUGAGAGUCUCCGAAAUAACUUGGAUGAUCUGACCAUUGUCACAACAGACUUGGAACAGGAGGUCGAGGGGAUGAGGGAAGAGCUCAUCCUCAUGAAGAAGCGUCAUGAGCAGGAAAUGGAAGAACAUCAUGUGCCAAAUGACUUCAAGGUCAAUGUGAAGGUGGAUACAGCCCCGGGAGAAGAUCUGAUUAAGGUCCUGGAGGACAAGAGGCAGGAAUAUGAGUUUAUAAUAAAGAAGCAUCAAGACUGGUAUAAAGAGCAGUUAGCAGCCAUGACCCAGGAGGUGGCCCGUCCAACAGCUGUGCAGAGCAGCCAAAGUGAUAUCUGUGAGCUGAAGCUCACUUUCCAGGCCCUGGAGAUUGACCUGCAGGCACAGUGCAACAAGAAAUCUGCUUUAGAAAACAUGUUAUCAGAGACCCAGUCUCGGUACUCCUGCCAGCUCCAGGACAUACAAAGAAUCAUCUCCCACUACGAGGAGGAACUGAUGCAGCUACGCCAUGAUCUGGAGCGUCUGAGCAACGAAUACAAGGUCCUCCUGGGCAUCAAAACCCACCUAGAGAAGGAAAUCUCCACCUACUGCCAGCUCCUGGAUGGAGAGAAUGGAGGGACAAUGGAAGAAUCUAAGUCGAGUGUGAAAGCAUCUGCAGCUCCAAAGAUCAAGGUCAUCAUACAGGAGAGCAUCAAUGGAAGAAUAAUUCUUUCUCAAGUGAAUGAGAUCUAA